AUGUCCGAGCCAAGCACUUCGCAGCAAGAUCUGACGCCAGGCCAGAAGGAUUACGUAGUACGGUGCUUUAACUUCAUGUCCAAAGCCAAGGAAGAUGGCCUCUUUAGAGGGCAGCGAACCCGGGACCUGGUUGCUGAGUGUCUACAGAUAGCACACGGCACUGUUACGACUGUGACGAGCACCUACAGCGCCGACAAUGAGACCAAGUUUGAGGUGCACAUCAGCAAUUUAGCGAUGGCUACAUUCUGGUCCAAGGACUUAAAGCUCGGUGCCGUGACCUACAUUCUGAUUCUGAUGUCAUCUUCAUACGUCAUUUUCCGAAAUCUGACUUUGGAUCCGAAGAUGAAGUCGUUCCCGACGGCGUCUCUGCUACCCAAGGAGGAAACCCUCGCCGACCUGUUCCUGGAGCAGUAUCCGGACUAUGACGGGCGCAACGCUGUCGUGGCCAUCUUCGACACGGGUGUGGACCCGGGGGCCAUCGGCCUACAGACGACACCCGACGGCCGUCCCAAGAUCAUCGACGUGGUGGACGCCACAGGCGCCGGAGACGUGGAUACGUCCACGGUCAUCGAGUCCAAGGAUGGCCAAUUGACGCUAUCCAAUGGGCGCGUUUUAAAGCUGAACCCCGAGUGGAAACCGAGUCAGGACGGCAAAUACCACGUCGGAACUGUAGCCGGCUACCAUUUAUUCCCCGGUCCAUUAGUGACCAGACUCAAGACAGAACGCAAGGAGAAGCUCGACAUUGAGCAGCGUGCAGCAGUCAAUGAGGUGCAAGAAGAAGUGGCCAAGUGGAGCAAAGAGAACAGUGCAACCACGAAUGACACCGCCAAGCUGAGGGAGAAGAAGGAUCUCCAGGCGCGACUUAAGCAGCUAGAAGAGCUGGCUAAGAGCUACGAAGACCCUGGACCGAUCUAUGACGCCGUUGUGUUUAAUGACGGCACGUGCUGGCGUGCAGCUCUCGAUACCAAGGAAAUCGGCGACUUUACCGGUAUACCGGCGCUGACCAGCUUUAAGGACGAGCAGGAGUACGCGACCUUCUCGGACGAAUCGCAGCUCAACUAUGUGCUGAAUAUCUACGACGAAGGCAACACGUUGAGCGUCGUGAACGACGUUGGAGCUCACGGAACGCACGUGGCCGGAAUCGUGGCCGCGCACCACCCCGAGCAGCCAGAAUGCAACGGUGUGGCCCCUGGAGCUCAGAUUGUGGCCGUGAAGAUCGGAGAUGGCAGACUGGGGAGUAUGGAGACGUCCUCGGCGCUGAGUCGCGCGAUCUUGGCCGUCAUGGACGCCAAUGUGGACGUCGUCAACAUGAGUUACGGAGAGUACGCGUCGCAGCAUAAUUACGGGCGAAUCGUGGAGCUCAGUAACGAGUUGGUGGACGAACACAACGUCACGUUCGUCGUCAGUGCCGGUAAUAAUGGCCCUGCGUUAGGCACCGUGGGCGCUCCAGGAGGUACCACUUCCAGUAUGCUGGCUGUGGGGGCCUACGUGUCGCCCAAGAUGAUGGAGGGCGAGUACAUUAUGCGAGACAAUGACCUGUCGGGUAUCGCCUACACGUGGUCGUCACGUGGCCCGACGUUUGAUGGCGAUUUGGGCGUGAACAUCUGCGCGCCUGGAGCUGCCAUUGCGCCGGUGCCUAACUGGACGUUGAACAAGAAGCAGCUCAUGAACGGCACGUCCAUGAGCUCCCCGAACUGCGCUGGUAACAUCGCGCUGCUUGUCAGUGCAAUGAAAGCUCGGGGAAUCGAGUACACGCCGUAUUCUAUCCGUCGCGCACUGGAGAAUACGGCAGUGAAAGUGCCGAAUGUGGAAGUGUACGCACAGGGCAAAGGGUUGAUCCAAGUGCUGCCGGCAUUCGAGUAUUUAACUGGCAGUAACUCGUUCGAUGGCACGAAGAAGUUCCCUCUGCAUUACGACAUCAAGACGUCGUCAGGCGACGGGAAGGCGCGCGGCAUAUACCUUCGGGACAGCGUGGACUUCACUCAUGACAGCACCGAAGUGAACGUCACAGUCACGCCAAAGUUCCACAAGAAGGCGGUGCAAGAGGACAAGGUUCACUUUGAACAGCACGUGCGUCUUGUUCCCUCGGCUCGGUGGAUCGACGUGGGACGAAACCUGGCGUUGAUGCAUGGAGGACGCGCGUUUAAAGUGCUGGUGGAGACGAACCACUUGCCUGCUGGGGAGCAUUACGGAGAAGUUGUGGCGUACGACACGCAGAACGAAGCUCGUGGCGCUCUCUUCUCUAUCCCUGUGACGGUGAUCAAGCCUGAAGACGCAAAGACGGUGGUUAUCUAUCAGAGCAAGUUCCAGCCUGGCGAUAUUUCUCGUCGGUUUAUUACACCGCCUCAAGGUGCCACAUGGGCGGAUAUUACCUUCUCUCGAUCGAACGAGGUCGAACGCGACGUGGAGUCCAACGCUACUGGGAAGCUCUUCAUGUUUGACGCUCUGCAGUUCCAGCCAUUUGUACGUCAGAGCUCGUCAUCGUUCCACAAGGCCUUCUUCCUCAAACCAGGCGAGGAACUGGCGUUCAGUAUGGAUCUACUGGGUGGUUUGACUACCGAGUUCUGCUUGGGUCAGUUCUGGAGCGCGCUGGGAGACUCCGUCGUGCAGAUCGAGAUCCGAUUUCACGGUAUCAAACCGGAUCAAGAGAAGAUUGUGGUCACUGGAGGCGACGAAUCGCACAAGGUUCUUGUGUCCAGCAGUGUGGUCACCGAGGCUUUGGCGCCUAAAGUCAGCUUCAAUAAGUACGUGCAGCAUCUCCGCCCAAAGACAGCCGAGAUCUCCCCGUUAAGUUCCAGUCGUGACCAGUUCCCGGACAAACGCCAAGUGUAUCAACUCAUCUUGACGUAUCCGUUCACGAAGAAGGAAGCAGGUAAGGUAGUACCGUACCUGCCACUAUUGAAUGACCGACUGUACGAGUCGCCAUUCGAGGCACAGUUGAUGAUGAUCUUCGACGAUAAGCAGCAGUAUUUGGGCUGUUCGGACGCUUACGGCAACGAGACGACGUUGAAGAAGGGGUCGUAUGUGGUGCGUGCCCAAGUUCGACACGAAGAUGUGGGCAAACUGGAGAAGCUCAAGCAGAUGAUUUUGGUCUUGAAGCAUGACGUGAAGGAGAUCACCGCGUCGGUGUUUGGACACCAAGACGACGUUGCGUUGGGUGGCAUACCGUUGGACAAGAAGAUUUUGUUUGCUGGCAAGUACGUGCCUCUGUUUAUCGGAGAGCCUGCAUAUGACAAGCUUCCUGUCGGAAAUACCGUUGGUGACGUUUUGAUGGGCAAAAUCCACUUUGGCCAGAAGGAAGGCGCUAUCAAGGGGAGCGGUAGACGUCCCGGAGGCUUCGACGUCACGUAUGUCAUCCCGCUUGCACCAACUCCUGUGAAGGAGCCUGAGCCGGAAGAGCCAAAAGAUGAGCGCGACGAGGAAGAAAUCGCCAAGGAAGCCGUGCGCGACUUGCUGCUCGAGCGAGUGACGAAAUUAGUAGGCAAGUCCACUUUUCUUCCGGCGUGGCAGCGUCUUGUGGACGAGUUCCCGAACCACGUACCGGCACUGCAAGCGAAGCUCCAUCACUUUGACUUCGAGGCUAACAGAUCGACUCAGUUAGCUGAGGUGGUUGAGGCUGCCGACGCUGUGCUCACACUCAUUAGACAAGACGAACUGGCGCUGUUCUUCGGUACGCGCAGCGUCCCUGGCGACAAGCCUGCAGCGGAGAAGAAGCUGCGCAAGGAGAAGGAAAAAGAGAAAUCGAUCCUCGCCGACGCUCUUGCUCGUAAGGCUCGUGCUCUCGGUGACUUGAAGCAAUGGGAUGACUUCUUGUUGGCCUACGCUGCCCUCCAGAAGUGGGAAGACGUUGACGCGGCCACGUAUCUGCACGUUUCGCUGCUGCAUGACCGACACUUCAAGGCGUUUGGUCUCGCUUUGCAGCGUCUGCGCAAGGUGCAAGACAUGGAGCAGGCAGACAAGACCAAGAUCAUCUCGGACGAGAAGCUCGCGGCUGAAAUUGCUGACAUCUUGGUCGCACUACAGUGGAAGCACUGGAACAAGCACGAGACUCAAUGGGAACGCCGUCGCGCACCGACUUCGUACCGCAUCUUCUAG